AUGUCACGAGAUAACAAGUAUGCUUCCGAUGCGCCGAGUCGCUAUGAUGAACAUGGAGUUGAACGUGGGAGACAAAGGGGUCGAGAUAGUCGCUAUGACGAACAUGGAGUUGAACGUGGGAGACAAAGGGGUCGGGAUAGUCGCCGAGAACGUGAACCUUCUCUCGCUGGGACAGCAAGACAAUCGCAUUACCCAAAGGCACCUUCCGUAAUUCAUUCGACUGCCGAAUCAAGACACUCGAGACAGCCCUCGGUGACGCCUUCUGCCAGGACAGCAACACAACGAUCAGUUUAUUCAGAGCGCACAGGACAAUCUUCUACAGCGAGUUCUGCUACCGUUAGACCAUCUUCUCGAAAGCCACCCCUCUCUAGAUCUGGGCUAUCUCUUCUCAAUCCUGGAAAAGAAGGAUUUGCCGAUCCACACCAAGCAGCAUCCGAAGUUGGUACGGCCGCGAGCAUUAGUACAUAUCAUCAAGGCGCAACUGAAGUGGGCAUGGCAGUGGCGAAAGCGGACAGGCGCAGAGGGAUCGAUCCAGAUGAACAAGACUAUCUAGAUGCUAAGCAGGAGCGGGCGGUUGAACAAGCUCGUGAAAGGUUAGAAAAACAACAAGGAUCUGUCACGCGAGAAGAAAAGGAGCAGGAACUUCGCAAGUUCGCUAUCGAGGCAGGGAACCGUACGAUGGGCAUAAAACAUGACGACAGAGCAUCGUCGCAGGCCCCAAGACCCAGGAGUUCUGUGGUGAUGCCACCUCCCGUGGACAGACCCCGCCGAGAGAGAGCAAGUAGCAGGGGACCCGAAAACAGGAUGCCCGACAAUCAGCCAAGUGGCCCAACAUAUCAAGCAACGAUACAACGCAGUUCCACAAUAAUCUCGGUGAGAUUAGGUGAUGGAGGAACCACCGUAGAUGUUGAAAUACACCAUCGCUCAACUCACAUGCAUACAUCCAACAGUCCAACCCCAAACCGUGGAAGAAUUGAUCCACAAUUCGAGGAAAGUGAAUCUGGGGUUUCUCAAUCUACAGCCUGCCCCCCACGACCACCUAUCGAGUAUCGUACCCUUGAUAUGUCAAGAGAUGAUCAUCGCUCUGUAGCGCCUGCUCGUGAUAGGAGUGUUACGCCACUAGUAAUCACCGACGAUUUUAAAGCCGGUUUACGAAGAGUUCGUCGCGGCUCAGUUUCUCACGGUGAUGGUGGUGGUGGUGGUGGUGGUGGUGGGACCUCAUCCCGAGAGCACCGUCAAUCCCCUAGAACCAUCCAAAUCUUCCCCGAGUUCAAGGGUUCCGAAUCGGGCGCUAAAACCAUGAGAUCGGACGCUUCGGCAAGGCCUGAACGCGUUGGCAGAGAACCACACGGACCACCACCAUCGAGUUCCGCAUAUCUCUCUCAGCAAUUCAGCGGUCACACUCAACCUCCAUCGGAUUAUCCAGGAUCACCACCUGGCACGGUUAUAGAUUCAAGACCACCUAGAAGCGACCAUACAAUCGGCUCUAGUAGAAGGUCUAGCUGUAGAUUUUCUGAAAGGAGGGAGAGAUAG